GUCGCGCGAUCUGAGGAAAACCCUCUUUCUGUGUGUGUGUCUCUCUCUCCCUCUGAAUCUCCACGGCUCUGUACCUGAGAGGUCUUCAGCAAAAUGUCUGCGUACAGAGCUGAAGACGACUACGACUAUCUCUUCAAGGUCGUCUUAAUCGGAGAUUCUGGCGUUGGCAAGUCCAAUUUGCUUUCCCGCUUUACCAAAAACGAGUUCAGCCUCGAAUCCAAGUCUACUAUUGGGGUUGAGUUUGCUACUCGUAGUUUGAAUCUUGAUGGCAAGGUUAUUAAGGCUCAGAUUUGGGAUACCGCUGGCCAAGAACGGUAUAGAGCGAUUACGAGUGCUUACUAUCGAGGAGCUGUUGGUGCCCUGAUUGUGUACGACGUUACACGACAUUCCACAUAUGAAAAUGUUGAGAAAUGGUUAAAGGAGUUGAGAGAUCAUACAGAUCCCAACAUUGUAAUAAUGCUAGUUGGCAACAAAUCAGAUCUUCGCCACCUUGUGGCAGUCUCAACUGAGGAUGCAAAAUCAUUUGCCGAGACAGAGUCCCUCUACUUCAUGGAAACCUCUGCUCUUGAAGCCAUGAACGUGGACAACGCCUUUGCUGAAGUGCUUACACAAAUUUACCAUAUAGUGAGCAAGAAGGCUAUGGAUGCUAGCGACGACGCUGCUGCAUCAGCCGUUCUAGCGAAAGGGGAGAAAAUUGAUAUCAGUAAGGACGUCUCCGAGGUCAAGAAAGGCGGUUGCUGUUCCAGCUAAACUACCAAUCUGAAGUUGCUGCAGCAGUCAGCCGGUUGUCUCGUCGCUCGACAUCUAUUUUAACUUUUGUGUUACAUAUAGUAAGUACACCGUGAUGUGAAAUUUUUUCCAGGGAUGCAUAGAGUAGUAGGGGAUUCAUGGGGAUUGGUUUGAUGUAUCUUAGUGUCUUAACCACUGAUACGUUAACUUCUGAUGCCAAAAGUACCGAUGCUUAAGCUGGUAUAUUUGCCAGUUGGGAAUUACAGUUUAUACUCGUUUGACUUUGAGGGAGUUUGUUUCCACGUAGUGAAUUGUGAAUUGUUAUGGACCUUAGUUUCAAGACCAAGAUUUGUUUAA